AUCCUAGGUCCCCGCCAGGUGUUAAUCUACUAAUCAAACCAGAAUGCCUGCAUCAGCGGAAAAUGGAGCCGCAGUGCCCAAAACAGAGCUGCAAGAACUGCAACUCAAACAGCAGCAAGUGGUCGAUGAGUCCCUCGGCAGUACGCGCCGAAUGUUGGCGCUAUGCGAAGAGAGUACUGAAGUGGGCACGCGUACCAUCGUUAUGCUGGAUGAGCAAGGAGAGCAACUGGACCGAAUCGAGGAGGGCAUGGACCAGAUUAACGCCGACAUGCGAGAAGCAGAGAAGAAUCUCAGCGGCAUGGAAAAAUGUUGCGGCAUCUGUGUACUCCCAUGCAGGAAGAGUGCAUCGUUCAAGAAAGAUGAUGGUACAUGGAAAGGUAACGACGACGGUAAAGUUGUGAACAAUCAGCCACAAAGAGUUAUGGACGACCGUAAUGGACUAGGACCUCAAGCGGGUUACAUUGGAAGAAUCACCAACGAUGCCCGCGAAGACGAGAUGGAAGAAAACAUGGGUCAGGUCAACACGAUGAUCGGAAACUUGAGAAACAUGGCACUCGAUAUGGGCUCGGAACUCGAGAACCAGAACAGACAGAUUGAUAGAAUCACUCGAAAGGGUGAAUCAAACGAAACCAGGAUAGCAGCCGCCAACGAGCGCACGCACACACUUCUCAAAUAAGAUGUUUUCGGUGGAUACUGGACGAGAUCUGUGCGUGCGACCAACAUUCACGUUGCUUUGCUUUUUUACGACAGGUUCUGCGUCCUAUGGAUAUGGAAUGCUUACGGUGUUUUGUCAGAACAACAAUUCUCAACAGUAAGAUUAUGAUUGAAAGGAUUGCAACUGCUUUGACCUUCAUUUAUAAUAGUACUGAUAAGUACGAAUAAAUCUCAUUUUAUUGAUAACUGACAUUGAAUUUGACAAACAAAACCCAGAACGAAAAUCCUUACAAUGAAAAGUAUGUAAUCUUGUAAAAUUAAACAUAAAUCCGCUUGUUAA